AUCGAGGUCCGGUGGCUAACCUUUUAGUUGUCACUGGGCAGUUUUCUACUACCAAACGCAGCUCUGUCCGAUCCGAGAGAAUUCCGCUUGGGAUUCUUCAUGACGAAACGGACAUCUUAAUUGGAAAAUUACCUAUUCCGACAGACAUCUGAAAGGGACGAGUGUACCCGAGAACCGAAGAAAUCAAAACGAACCAUCCUACCGAAGGUGAAAUGAUAAGAACCUUCAAUUUUUUUGUGGUGUUAGUGUGUGGCGCCCUCUAUGAAGCUCCAGUAAUCCAGGCCCAGGGAGGUUCGGGCCCGCAAUGUAUGCAUCCAGUACGGCCAUGCAACCCGGCCCUAGACCCGGGGCAGUGUGGGAUGAUGCAGGAUACAAACGACCAGCUGGACUGGCAACUGAGUUACGGCUAUGGCGUGUAUUGCAGCAAUGCUCAGCCUGGUGACAAGGCCAUGGUACACAAUAGCAACUUCACAGUUCUUCACCCUGGGAUGUGUGGAGUUAUCUUCAUCUACCUCACAGGAUCUGGAACCUUUAGUCUUGAUCUUCUCCUGCAUAAUGGAACCAAGAUCCAAGGGCCCAGAGUCAGUGAACAUGGCUACCAAGUGGUCGCGAUGGACGUCCUACCAGGGGAAUACGCAUGGGCUGAACUGGCCUUCACCUGUGGAAAUGGAGGACGGCAACAGGGCAACAACACCCAUGAACCAGAUGUGAUGGCGGUUGGCAUGGCAGCAAUCCAGGGCACAACAUGUUCUGGAGCUGAUGAUAUGCAAGGAUACCUGAAAACCAUAUUGUACUACCAUGAUCAUUGGAAUAUGGGAGGUUCUGGUAACUCAGGAUCAGGAUACUCUGGAUCUGGUUACUCUGGAUCAGGAUACUCUGGAUCAGGAUACUCUGGAUCAGGGUACUCUGGAUCAGGAUACUCAGGAUCUGGAUACUCUGGAUCAGGGUACUCUGGAUCAGGAUACUCAGGAUCAGGAUACUCUGGAUCUGGUUACUCUGGAUCAGGAUACUCUGGAUCUGGAUUCAGUGGCUCUGGAUUAUUUGGAGGUGGUAAUUAUGGAUCUGGAUAUUCUGGAUCCGGAUUUUCUGGGUCUGGAAUUUUUGGAGUUGGAAACCAAGGAUCUGGAUUCUCUGGAUCAGGAUUUUCUGGUUCUGGACUCUUUGGAGACAGCAACAAUGGAUCUGGAUUCUCAGGAUCUGGACUCUUUGGAGGCGGCUACUCUGGAUUUAGUGGCUCUGGAUUAUUUGGAGGUGGUAAUUAUGGAUCUGGAUACUCUGGAUCAGGAUUUUCAGGGUCUGGAUAUUCUGGAUGCGGAUUUUCUGGGUCUGGAAUUUUUGGAGGUGGAAACCAAGGAUCUGGUUUCUCAGGAUCUGGAUUCUCUGGUUCUGGAAUCUUCGGAGACAGCAACAAUGGAUCUGGAUUCUCAGGAUCUGGACUCUUUGGAGGCGGCUACUCUGGAUCCGGUUUCUCAGGAUCUGGACUCUUUGGAGGUGGCUUCUCUGGCUCUGGUUACUCUGGAUCUGGUUACUCGGGAUCUGGCAUCUUUGGAGGUGGCUUCUCCGGAUCUGGAAAUUCAGGUUCUGGAUACUCAGGAUCAGG